GUCACGAAGACGUGUUGGAUUAUUUAAUUUUUGAUAUUUGUUUAAUUUACAAUAUGCCAAAAGCAUUGAAAAAUUUUCAUGAAAAUAUUAAAUAUCAUUCUAUAAGUAAAGGCGAACCGGGCUGUUAUCAAUUACACAGGCCAUCGGAAUGUCGCCUCAAGUUCCCAAUCACCAAGCGUCCGAUCCACAAAUGCGAGCACCCAAAACACGAAUAUACACUUGUUCCUCAGCUCGGAGGCUGGAGGACUCUGCUGAUUCCGAAGACUUCACCGAACUUCUACCCAGCUGUUAUGAAGAAGAGUGAAUAUGAAAGAUUUAAGAAACAGGCUAAAAUAGUAACCCAAGAAGAGCAAAUCCAAGCUAUGCACGAUCAAGAAGCGGCGAUCCAGAAAGCGGCCAAGGAGUCCGAGGAAAGGAAACAAAGACUGAAGGAACAGCUCAAGCCACAGCCUGGUGCAGAAGCCUCCGGUGCCACAGACCCUGAGCUGGAGGGGCCUGAUCAAGCCGCUCAUACAUUAACAAGAGCUGAAAUUCUUCGGGCAAAUAAUUACCAAGGGCCAAGGUUAUGCAAUCGCAUCAUACUCGCUUCAAAGUGUCAUGCGAUCCGUGACGCGCAGAUUGCUGAAAGAGAUCUCGUCAAGAAGGAACUCGAUGAGGAAGAACGAAGACUGGACGCAAUAAUGGAAGAGAAUCGACUGGCUGCUGUCCGUCGAGCUGAGGAAGACGAAGAAAGAAGACAUCAACUCCGCUUGCAAAAUCUAGCAGCCUUGAAGGAGCAGAUCAAAGCACAUGAGACUUCUAAGAUAAUGGAAGCUGAACGCAUAGAAGAGGAAAGCAUUAGAGUGAACCAAGCGAACAUUGCGAUGCAAAUCGAUGAAGCGCAAAAACUCAAAGAGAAGCAAGGGAGACAGGCCAAGCUUAAGGAAAUUCUAGAUCAAGGCAACUCGGAACUGCUCUACUACAAACAGCUCCAGAACGAGGAAGAACGGAUUAUGGAUCUGCGCAUCGCGAACUUUCUUAAACAGAAACAAGAGCGCGAAGCGAAGAACAGGGCAGAAGCGGAGGCUGUUAAAGCGGCCAAGCAAAAAGGAAUCGACCAUAUCGCCAAGGCACAAAAGGCGGAACAAGAACUCAAAGAGGAGUUAGAACGAAUCCGCAAUCUGAAGAUCCAAGAAGACGUGGAACGUGAAUACAGACGGAAGGAACGGGAGGCUGCCAUCAAGAGAAACAGGGAGAUGAAGAGGCUGCAUGAAGCGAGAGUCCAACAGAUUACCGAUAUUCAUCGUUUAAUCGCAAGAGAGAUAGCCAAAGACGAGCAGAGCUUCAACAACGCGGCUCGACAGAACGAGGAGUUCAUACGCAAAGAGAAAGAGUUGGAAGACAAACGCAAGGCGCGCAUUGAACAACAUCGUCAGGAAAUUAUGAAACAAAUCAACGACAAGGAACGUGCUCGUGCCGAACUUCGUGAAAAAAUUCACAAUGAAGGCGUCGCCUUACGCAUGGAGCAGGAGCAACAAGAAAAGUACGAGAGAAGGGUCAUCAAGCAGAAGGUGGCGGAUAUGAGACAACAGAAAGUUUCUGAGAAGUAUGUAAAGGAAGUGGAACAGACGCUCGGCAAACAUGGAUACUGAUCAUCAUUUUAAUUUUUUUCUGCUAACGCGUGUGACACUGCUUAAUGACAUUAUCUAGAUUCUAGAAGGUUCGUUAGGGUUAGCAUUAUAAUAUAACGACAUUUAAUCUAUAAAAAAAUAUUUAAAAUCACUAUUUAACGGCUGCAAAAAAUUCUGUAAAUUAUUCCGAAACAUAUUUAGGUCGAUUUGAGGGUAAAAUAUUGAUACCUACUUGUAUCAUGCGUAGAUCGCGUCACAUACUCAGAUUUUACUUUUAUAGUCUAAUCACAGAGCACAUAACCAUUGAUGGCUUUAUAUUGUCAUAUUGACACAAUAGGCUAGAUAGGACCACAGAGUACAUACGAACUACGGUAUAACAAAAUGGCAGAAUUCGGGAUUUAGUGUUAUCGAUUACUAUAAGCAUUCGUUCGGCGGCUAUUAUGACGUAUUCUACACCUAAAUCCUAUUUCAACAUUAACCUACGGUUUGCACUUUGUAGCUUCUAUGCAACUUUUGUUUACAAAUAAGUUACAUCGUUCUAUUCGAAAUAUGUAAACUAUGCCUAAUUAAUGCUCUCGUUCACACUUGUAGUAUUAAAAUAUCUCUUCUGGUCCAUUGAAAUUAGUUCAUAGAUAGAUAGAAUAUUUCAUUGAACUUGGGAUGAGAGCGUUCGGUAUCGCAUUAUGUCUUCUAAAGCUACGACUCAGUCGGGGACAACCAGACAAAAUACAUUUGCACUCGUGAGCCGAGCGCGUGGCAUCCAGUGUUAACUUAUUAUCCACAAAAUUAUCCUCAAAAUAAAAAUACUCAACAAAGCAAUUAUGUUAAAUUAGUAUGUAUCUAAUUUAUUUAUAUUUGAUUUAUAAAUUUGAAUAA